AUGGCCAUGAAUAUCGAUAUGUCCCAGGCUUCGGUGGUGAAAGAUGAGCAAGGACGACCUUUCAUCGUUGUUCGAGACCAAGGCAAGAAGAAGAGACAACAUGGCAACGAUGCUGUCAAGUCGCAUAUCCUCGCUGCGAGAACGGUUGCCAACAUCGUCAAAUCCUCAUUAGGCCCACGAGGGCUCGACAAAAUCCUGAUCUCCCCUGACGGAGACAUCACGGUUACAAAUGAUGGAGCUACUAUCUUAAGUCAAAUGGAGAUCCAGAAUCAUGUAGCGAAGCUUCUAGUCGAACUCUCGAAAUCACAGGACGACGAAAUAGGAGACGGUACAACAGGUGUGGUAGUUUUGGCUGGAGCGUUAUUAGAGCAGGCGGCAGAGCUCAUCGAUAAGGGAAUCCACCCUAUCCGGAUAGCAGAUGGUUACGAUCAAGCUUGUGACAUUGCUGUCUCUGAACUGGACAAGAUCGCAGAUACCAUCGAGUUCACGAAGACGCACAAAGAGAACUUGGUCAAGGUGGCAAGAACCAGUCUGGGCAGCAAGAUCGUUUCCAAGGCUCAUGAUCAGUUCGCCAACAUUGCGGUGGAUGCCAUUCUCUCUGUUGCUGAUCUCGACCGCAAGGAUGUUGAUUUUGAUUUGAUCAAGGUUGAUGGAAAGGUUGGAGGCUCACUCGAGGAUUCGUUGCUGGUGCAGGGUGUUAUUGUUGACAAAGACUUUUCCCACCCCCAAAUGCCAGAUGAAGUUCGAGACGCUAAGAUCGCCAUCCUGACUUGUGCCUUUGAGCCACCGAAGCCAAAGACAAAGCACAAGCUCGAUAUUACAAGUGUGGAGGAGUUCAAGAAGCUCCAGACCUACGAGAGGGAGAAGUUUGAGGAGAUGAUCAAGCAGAUCAAGGACACCGGUGCGAAUCUUGUUAUUUGCCAAUGGGGUUUCGACGAUGAGGCAAACCAUCUUCUGCUCCAAAAUAAGCUUCCAGCAGUCAGGUGGGUAGGAGGACCCGAAAUCGAAUUGAUUGCUAUUGCUACGAAUGGACGAAUCGUACCAAGAUUCGAAGACCUUUCAACAGCAAAGCUUGGUAAGGCAGGAAUUGUUAGAGAGAUGAGUUUUGGAACCACAAGGGAGAAAAUGUUGGUAAUCGAGGAGUGUGCAAACACCAGGGCUGUCACAGUCUUUGUCAGAGGAAGCAAUAAGAUGAUUAUAGAUGAAGCCAAACGCUCUCUUCACGAUGCUCUUUGCGUCGUCCGAAAUCUUGUCCGAGACAACCGCGUUGUGUAUGGUGGUGGUGCCGCAGAAAUUGCCUGUUCCCUCGCAGUCGAAGACGCUGCAGUCAAGUCACCUGGCCUUGAGCAAUAUGCUAUGCGUGCUUUCGCCGAUGCCCUCGAUGCAAUCCCAAUGGCCUUGGCAGAGAACUCGGGACUCUCACCAAUCGAAAGUCUCGCCAGCAUCAAGAGUCGUCAAGUUACCGAGAAAAAUACGAGAUUAGGAGUUGACUGCAUGCAGACUGGAAGCAACGACAUGAGGGAUAACUUUGUCAUUGAUCCCUUGAUUGGAAAGAGACAACAGCUGAUGCUGGCGACUCAACUCUGUCGGAUGGUAUUGAAGGUCAAUAAUGUGAUUAUAUCGGGGGGUGAAGAAAAUGAAUUCUAA